AAAACAUUGUUGUGUGAUACUAACAACACUGAAGAGUCAACAAGGUUCAGUAAAAUCUGGUCUUAGAAAAAAUUCCUGAAAUCUAAGAACUAUCAGCACUAUGGACUGGAAUGUAGGGAUGACCAAUAAGUUGCAAACACGUAGACCCUACCUGACACCACAAGUGACUUCUGCUGCUUCUGUUACUUCCCAAGCAAAUGUCUUGAUGCAGAAUUUUUGUAAUUCCUCUGGAAACAGCCAAACCACAAAUAUUCCAUCAAGCAUGAAGUAUAUCUUGGCAAAUAAAUCACAAUUUCGAAAUAACAGUGCCUCUAAAACCUUACGAUCUAUAUUUCCUAAAACAACAGUAUCUGAUUCAAGCUUUGGACUAAGCAAUAAUUUUUAUAACUUGUCUCCAUCUUCAUUUUCUGCUAGGACAGUCCAGAUGGCAGCUGAUGUUCAGAAUCCAAAUUUAUCAAGGAACAUGCACAUUUCUUCCUCUAUAGCAUUACAGGGAAAUACAGUUAAUUCCGUGCAAAACAUGCAUCAAAAGACAAAUGCAUAUAUGGCCAUGGACAGUUUCAAUAAUCAACCAUUGCAGAAUUGUUCAAAUUCUAUGAGAACUUCAGUAUAUCAGCAAGCUCCCCUAAAUGGUUCAUCUCCAAAAGGGCCCCCAACACUGAUGCCCUACUAUUACCUGAAUGGGCCUGCUACCUCCCAAGCAGAUGCUAGAGUAUCUCUUAACUCUGUAUCAGAUUAUUAUUUACCUCCUCAGCAAAAUGUCCAGUGUCCUGAUUACUCUUCAGCAAAGAAUUGUCCAAAUCCAGGUAUUCCAGUAGCUAUGCAAUCACAUUAUGCCUCUGAGCAAAUAAAUCCUUCACCAUAUGCAAUAUAUUCUCACUAUGAUAGCAGAAAUGCAGCCCAGACUACUAAUAUAAACUCUUCACUAUUGGAUCUGAUGGCUCCUCUACAAGCAAACCAUGGACAAUUUGUUCUGCAACAGCCAACUGCAAAUUUAUCUAAUGAAAAUGUUGAAAGUUAUCAUCGUUCUCUGAUUGAUCAGAGUAGCAAUUCAUAUCCUGUUCAGCCUGGUCAGAAGUCUCAAUCUCUGUCAUCCUCUACAGAAACAAAUGCGGUAGGCACCAUUGCCUAUAAUGUAAAUGGACUAAAAUCUACAAUGCAGCUUUCUGAUGAAUCAGUAAAGUCAUUUGUUGAAGUUGAAGGCAAUCUUUCUAACAAUGUACCAACAGCUACAAUAGGUCAGUUUGCUGAACCCUUACCUCAAACAAAUAGAACUUUGCAACAAGAAAAUAAUGUAAGUAAUGAGAGUUUAUCUAAGGAUAAACUUAAAAUUACUAGAGAGAGUUUAUCACUGAAUGUUCGAACAUUGUAUGAAAUGAGAAAUGCAUUAUUAAAACUUAAAGACAAUUUUAGAUUAAAACAAAAAAUAUAUCAAUCUCCUGUACAGAGUGGAAAGACCUCUAAUACUCUGGUAAACAAUCAAAAUCAUAAUUUAUUUCCUCCUCCUAAUACCAAUCAAUCAGUGGUAUGUAAUGUCCAGCAGGUUCCUUCAGAUAAAGUCACUGCAAAUCAGUUUUCAUCUAAUUCACAUAAUUCUUCCUUUGUACCACAGAAAACAAAGAAUCAUUUAUUGCCAAUUCUGUGGAAUAUGCUGAAAGGUACUGGUGAUGAAAAUAUGUUACUUAAUGCUGAUGUUGAAGGUGGAGAUAAAUACCAAAAUAAGCAUUUCACUAUUCAAGAGAAUUCAUGUUCUGAUUCUAAUGGUGAUGCAUCUGGAAAUCCUGUUAACACUGACAGAACUAUUAGAUUAAGCUAUAAAACCUCUCCCAUUGAUUCUACUCAAGGGACAAACAUAAAAAACUAUAAAGGCUUUGAACAGAUUGCUAACUCUGCUCAUAAUCAAUUGGAGAAAAUAUCAGCUGCAGCUAAGGAUGACAUAUUUAAUCCUAUUAAACAGAAUAAAGGUUCAGGAGAUGGUGUUGGUCAAUAUUUAAAUGAUAAUAUUCAAAGUUUGGUUCAGAAUUCAGGUGUUCCUCAGGGAUUAUCCUCAAUGAAACAUUCCGUAAAAGAGGACAGUGAAAAUCUGCAUUGUUCUACAUCUGCAUGUCCGAUUCAGCAUAGUGAAAACACUUGUCUUCAGAAAUCUGGGAAUAGUGAAAAAAUUGCUGAUGUGUCUAGUUCAUCCCCCAUUUCCAAAAGAGUUGAAGCUGUAACUCAAACUCCUCAUGGAGUAGAAAGAAGUUGUUCUUUGGAGGAGCUAACAACAAGUCUGGCUCUAUGGGGAAAAUCCCUUCCAGCAUUCUUACAUGAACAACGAAAUAGAAAUACUGAAUCUUCCAGUGAUGGGCUAGAUGGCAAAGGUACAGCACAAAUUUUUGAAAACCUCCCCAAUACAUUGAUUCAAAAUUAUGACACUAAAAUUACAGUUGAAAGAACUCAGACUUACACUUCUUCAUCUUUUGGAAAAAACCUUGAUGGAGUAAAUUCCAAUUUGCCAAAAAGCUCUGAACUUCAAGUAGCUAUUGUUACUCCACUGAUACUAUCAAAAAAGAAUGAAGUGAAGAAAAAUAAUCAGUCUCUGUUUGAAAUCAUCUAUCCAGCUAUUGAAGAAGGCAGUGUCCGUACCAUAGAAGAAUUUACCUCUGCAAAAUCAGAUACUAAUAAAGGAGAAAAAAGAACUAUUUACUCACCUACAGAUUCCUAUAAAUACUGUGAAGAAUUAAAUGUGCACCAGGAAACAAGCAAAUCCACAGAAAAAAAUAAAACAGUGAAAGCAGAAGUUGGAACAAAUUAUUCUUUUGACCUAAAGCAAGAGAUAACUAAUACCUCUCCUCUUGAAUUAAAGCAACAUAAACUCAAUUCAGGAGACCAACAUCUAUGUGAAUUGAUCACUAAACAUUUAACUACAUCUCCUCAAAAAUGUGUAACAUCUGAAAAACAUGGUCCAAAUUUGGAUGAAUCCAAUAAUACUGAAGUUGUGCUGAAUGAUAGUAUGUUGCAAAUAUCCAGUGUUUGUACUCUUGUACAAGGUGAUGCAUUUUAUAAUUCACAGAUAGCAAACAUCUUUAGUACAAGCCCUUCGAAAUCUGGUACAAAGCAUGAAACUUCAGAAGAACACAAGCUUUCUCUGCAUCACAAUGAGGAAGAAUCUGGCCUUUUGACAAAUGACACUGAAGUUGGGAUGAGUAUUUCAGAGGAAGGCAUUGUAUUGCCACCAUCAGGAAGUUUAUCCAAAGAUUUUGCAAGAAAACCUGAAGACUUGCAAACAUUUGAAAGCCCUCAACAUGACAAAACUUUAAUGGAAACAAAUGCAAACAACUCUGGGGAACAAAAGAACAAUGACUUUUUAGAAGUUGUUCCACUUUCAGGGAAAAAUACUGAGCAAGAUAUAUCUUAUGAUUGCAAUACAGAUUUGUCCAUUAAUGAGGUGUUUGGAAAUCAGGAGGGUCUGUGCAACACAGACAACAUGCCCAGCGAUAGAAAAGCAGAUGCCUCAGAGCAUGUCCUGGAUGAAGGCAAGCCAGCCCAUUUGGGAAGCACUGAACCCCCUGUAAUGUUAUUGAACGAUCAGCUAACUGAGCUGUCAAAAGAAUUUCCCUAUGGAAUUGGUUAUUUGAAUAUGGUAAAGGGAACAGAAAGCAAAGAGUCUCUAACUAUUCUGGCAGAGAGAGAAGAGAAAGAAAAUACUAGGAGUCAUGAGAAAAACCUUGAUCCCAGGGAUGCAGUAGAGCAAAUUAAAAUAGUAAUCCUAAAUUCUCAACAGAUGAAUGAAGUGUUUCCCGAAUGCAGUCAACAAUCCUCUAACAAGCUUGAUAACCAUGGAGAUGACCAUAUGAGAAUGGAUUCAAAAGGUAACUUGAGGAAAGAUAAGCGUUGCUACAGGAAAUCUAACCAGGACUUAAAUGUUGACAGCAAAAUUACCCGGUCUGAAAGAUUUGGAAAAACAGAGCGAACGUACUGCUGCUUGCCAGGGUGGAUAGCUUCAGGAUAUAAUGUGGAGCCUUGUUCAUGCAUGCUAGCUAAAGAAGCUAGUUUGAAGGGAAAAGCUGGCCUGUAUUCACAGUCUAAAGAUAGAUCAAAAUCCAGAGAAAAUGAAUCUGACUGUAGCCUAAAAAAUGAAGUACAGAAUUCCAUAUUAGAUGCAGGUAGUCAUACUGUUCUUUUGGGGGACCAGAGUACCAAGGCUUUAAAUAAAACUUUAGGAUAUAGAGAAACUGAACCUCAGGUAAAGGAAGAUAAACUACCAAAAGCAGAACAAGCAGUUACUCUGCGUUCUUUAUUGGAAAAAUCAGAUUCACAGGAAUCUAACAAACAGGUCAUAGAACUGCCUCGCUCUGCACAUUCCCAGUCUCUGCAAAAAGAAAGAGUUGAAACUAAUAAAAUACACAGCCAGAUACAUGGAAGAAGGAGUAUCUCAAAAAGUGAAGCACAGUAUCAUUUAAAUACAAACUUCAAAAAGAUAAUGAUCAAAAAGUUUGCCAAAAUGAAAUCUGAGAAGUAUUUUGACAAAACUCUGAAAUCAAAAACAGAUAUUGAUCAUCAUAGAAGAAUAGAAACCAAGCAUAGUACCAAUUUUGAAAGAUACAAAAUUAAAAGGGACACCAGUGAAACACGCAUGAUUAAAGGACCAAUUUCAAGCAUGAGUCUAAAGAGACAAAUGGUGAAGGAAAAAAAGCGUAAAGCAUUGGGAAUCCAGCAUAAUGAUGUCACACAUUCCUUGACUUUAAGCAGUGUUAGUUUUGUUUCUGAAAAACAUGAUAAUUCCGAGCAUAACUCUACCUUGGGUUCGCGUGAGCAUUUAAUUAAAAAGAAAAUUCAAAAAAAAGAUUUGGAGAAACGUUAUGGAUACAAAAAAGUACAAUAUAAUGAAUCUGUUCGUCCUAAGCAUAUUGAACACAAUGUCGAACAGCCUGUUAAAAGAAUAAAUCUAGAGAAAUAUGCAUACACAAAAGAUAAGAAAAAUUCAUGGAAACACCGAAGCUCACAUUUCGAUAAUAGAAUUCCUGCAUCCCAGAACGAAAGGGGCCAUCCUUCCAAUAUACUUAAAAUCCACUCUCCAGACAAAGAAGGCAUAUUGGAUGGUAGUAGCAGAGACAAGUGGUCUGAGAGAUCCUUUUCUGAUAAAAAGUGUUUUAAAAGAAAAAAUAAACUCUCUAUUUUUCUUCAAAAGGAAAAGAAAAACUAUUUGAACAGAGUUGCAUUUAAACGGACUGCCCAAAAGACCAUUCAUUUGACAAGCCUAGAUUCCUGGCAUUCCAAACCAGUUUGGCAUGUGAAACCAAGUCAUCGAACUGGGGAGUCGGAACCCCACCAAAAAAGCAGCUCUUCGUCCCAGAAGUCUGACGCAGAGAGGCCACAAAUGCUUGAAUUCAAAAUGUGUCCAGAAAUAUUAUUUAGGAAGUCCGUGUCUGAAGAACAAAGUUUAGAAGCAACUAAGCUUCCUGAAAAAAACCGAAUGUCUGUUACAGCAGUCAAAAGUAAAAGAGAAGACUGGUUGAAUUACUGUCCUGUGAAAAGAAGAAAAACGGAAGAAAAUGAAAUUGAAGUUGAUGAUGACAUUCCACUUGAUACUGCAAUAAAACUAUUGGAAGGAAAUGAAGCAUUCCAUGGAUCCAUGAAAGAUUCCAAAGCCACUUUUGAAACCUACCGGAAAAUGCAUCUACAAAAAAGAAGCCAAAGCCUGGAUAGCAGUCCUUUAAGCUAGGAGUCCAUGGACUUGAGCUUUGUUUUGUGAACAACAUGCUUUGGAUUGUGGCUGCGCUUAUAUUAAGAUCCUGAUGAUUCGGGCAUGUAAUGUGACUUCCAUAGAUGUGACCUUUCAUAACUUAUUUCAUGCGUAUCUUAAGUAUGUAAUAAUGACUUACUUAUCUUAAGUAAGUACUUAUGUAAAUGUAUGAACUGUUGAAUCCUGGAACGUGUUAUAGUUUCAACUGUCAGAAGUUUCAUUGGGUUCUGUUAAGUUCAACAUCUGGCCUAAGUUUCAGAAUGAUAGCAAGGCAGUGUCAGUUCAAAAAGAGGCCAAAUGUUUUUUAACUAGACAUUUUAAAGGAAUUAGGCUGUAUUUUGUUAAGCGUUGGGAAAAUAGCUAAAACAAGGAACAAGAGCUUGUAAUAAGCCUUAGUAGGUUUACAGGGAACUUGAGAGACUAUCAGCUGCUAUCAGUUUUGUUGGGACAUUAGGAUCAUACCAGGGAAUCAACUUUUGCUUUAUCUGUAAUUCCAUUUCUAUAAUGGGUUUUUGGGGUAGAAGGGGGUUCUGGGUAAAAGAAGCAAAAGGGCUAGUGUUAAAAUGGUUACUAUGAUUGAAAUGGAAAUAUAUUUAAAAUUUGAAUUUGAAUUCUGAACCAUUUUAAUGAGCAUUUCAUUUGGACUCUUCCAAUUAUUUUUACAAGACAAAUCCCUCAGUAAGCUAUAUUAGCUAAAUGUAACAAAAUUUGUGCCUAGAAACUACUGUGAUAUUGAAUGUUCAUUUUAAGUGCCUUUUAUUGUUUGGCACUUUUGUUACCUUGUUUAUUUUGGCAGUAAUAUGUAUUUUGAUUAAAUGUUUACUUACCUUUAAAUGGUGGUAUCUGUUUACAGAAUUAAAAACACAUUUAUUUUGACCAUAAGUGGUUUUUGUGUAUUUCUAAAAAUUGCUCAAAUUUUAAAUUGGAUGGCUAAGGUUAUAAAUGACAUCCUAUGCAAGAUCAUCUCCAAAAUCUAUUUUUGUUACUUCUGCUCCUAUACAGCAUUGCUUUUUUGACUGAAAGUUCACAAUACUUUUAAGUAGAAUAAACAACAUAGUUAAAUGAUGUAUGUGCAUAUAUAAUAUGCAAUUCAGGAUAAAAACAUGAAUAAGAUAAACAUGCAGAACACAAGUACAAAAUAUAAAUGCAAAUUGUAGGAUUACCAGUGCUGUUCAAUAAAUAAUAUACUUUACCUGCAGCUUUUCAUGCUCUGGGCUGCCUCCUACUUUGGGGUAGUGCCUUGGUAGUUCUCAUUACCACCACCCACCUUCCAAGCGGUCCCUCACCUGGCAUCUACUACAUAACUCACAGUAUAUGAGUGAGUGAGAGAGUUCUUACAAUCUCUGCUGCUUUUCUGGCAAUUAAAAGAUAAAAAUGCAAAAAUUGAAAUAAUUUCAAUAGCAUAGAGGUAUGUGAUUAGAUGAUUCAGCCCUGUAUUUCCUCUAUGGGAGAUAACACCAGAGUUAAAGAAAGUCCGCCUGUGUUUAUCAAGAAUAGAAGAUAACACAGAAUAGAAGCCCUUUUAAACUUUGUGGGAUCAUUCUGUGUUGAAAAAAGAUAAACCACAGAGCUGCCCAAAUCAUGAUAAUUCUACUGAUAAGUAAAAAGGUCUACCAAGAAAUAAGGACCAUUAAAACUAGUGCAGUCUAUAACAUAGGCAUUAAAUUUAAUGGAACUCUUGAUUUGAUAUUUACUUAUUUCUACAGAAUUGGAAUCCUCUUAUACAAGUCCUCUUGAGGUUUCUUUUAAUAGGACUUUCCUUCUUGAUGGGAUUCCAAACUUUAAUGAGAGAUUGUAGGGAGAUGGCAAAUUCUUCUGUAAAUAUGGUCAGACCAUCAAAGGUGGAUGUGAAUGUCAUCAUUGUGGCUAAUUUGGCUGAAUAGUGGGUAUCAUUUGUUGUAAGCCAAGAGGAAAAGCACACUACAGCCCAUAAAAUUUCCACUCUAUUUCAUUGCAGUGUGCCUUUCCCAACAUGUUGUGUGAAUGUAAUUAAAGGCUCCUUUGAAAUCUUGACUUUUUUGCUGUCGUAAGAAAAAGUAUUUUGCUCUUUUCUUUCUUUGCUGUGGCAGCAAGCCUUAAUGCCACAUCUUUCUAUUUUUAUUUUUCUGCUUUCUCAGUUUAUACCUGAACCCUGCCUGUGCUCCAGUAAAAUGAAUCAUUUCUCAAAAUCCUGUUUUCCCCAGUCUUCUUUGAAUCUGUCUGUUUUUUUGUCAUUGAAUUAAAUGUAUUAAAUUCCCCACAGAUUGUUAACUGCUUAAGAUCUCUAUGUUAGUCUGCAAACUGUAACUAUUGAAUGCCAAGUAAUUAGCCUCAAAUAUUUGUUUAUAACUAAAUCAUUGCAUAUUAAUUAUAAUUUCAUUUUUGGACUUAUACGAAGUCCAAAACACAUUAGCUUGUUUCCUAAAAUAGUGUUUAGUUCUGAGACUGUGAGCGGCCCGGGUUUCUUUUCAUUGUAGAUAAUGUCUUCAUAUCUGUUUAUCUUGCAAAGGAUGAGGUCAUGCAAACGGCUGCUGCUUCUGUUUUUCUUGUAGAAUUGUCCUGAUUCCUUUGUAUCUAUCGUUCAUUUUUAGUAAAUAAACCAUUAUUAAGCAUGACUAUUUGAUAUCCAGAUUAAUAAGCGUAAGAAUGGAUUUUCACACUAAUAAUGUGGUUAAUAACCUGUUAGGGUUUUUCUUAAUAUAGUACAGAACACAGACACACAGACUGUACUUUGUUUUUCU